CAAGCUUGCGGGCUCAAGCUUCCGCUCCUUUCGGCCUCCAUCAUGAAGAAUGUCUGAGGCUGAAGCUGCGGUGGACGCGCCCAAUGAUUCUGGCUGUAAGGUAGCUACUCCACCGGUGGCAGAGGAGCAGCAUUUGUUAGAUGCUGCUCCUUGGCUUGGGGAGAGAAGAAGCCCAUCUUCCUUUAGCCAGAUGCUGCCGAUGGAGGCCCAACCCACCGGACUGACGGCAGUCACCGGGGACGUGUCGCCCAAGAAGCGCCUGGAGGACGAACCUCUUCCGGGCAGGCUUGGAGCUUGCACAAACCUCGCCUGCGUAUGCGCUUCGGAGUUCCAGGUCUCGGCGGCUUCGGAUGAGAGGCCCAUGGCAGACGACGUUGUGCUGCAGGCAAGCGACGCCACCGGCCUCCUGUGCAAUGCCAACGAGCCUCACUCUCCGUCGGCCCUGGCAGCGUGGAAGCAGGUUCGCGAAUUCAAGAUCGUCGUCCCAAAGCACGGCCGAAAACUCGGGGUACGCUACGACGACUCCGACGGCAAAACUCUGGUCAUUAAGUGCCUGGAACCGGGUGGCUUCUACGAGACCGUCAUGAAGCAUCCUUCGGAGAAAUGGGCGAUGAUUGAGGAUCGCAUCGUGGAGGUGAACGGAGUCCGCGGCAAGUCGGAACUUUUGGAAGAGCAGUGCAGAAAUUCUGAGGUGCUCUGCCUGACUCUGCAGCGCCCCCUGCAGAUGGGCAACUUGUUUUGCCUCAACGAGGAUGCCACCGUCAGGGUUCACGCCUACGAUUUGUUUGGCCAUGACAGAGGCUUCCUUUCCUGCAUGGCCAGAUCGCUGAAUGCCCACACCACGCGCUACGGGCUAUUUCACACGGGUGUGGAGGUCUUCGGGUGGGAGUGGUUCUUUGGCGCCAGCCCUGAUGGCUCCUUCCACGGAGUGAAUUCCAUGGAGCCCAUGCAGCACCCGGUGCACCGCCACCGAGUUUCAGUCGCGCUCGGCAAAUCCUCCUUGUCCCCCGCGGACUUCGAGGAGCUCAUGCCGCUUAUACGUAUGAAAUGGCCUUCCUGGAGCUACCGAAGUACCUCCAGGAACUGCCAUAGCUUCUCGGAUUUCUUCUGCAAGAUCUUGGGCUUUUCCGCAGCUCCCAAGUUCGGAUUGUUCGGCUGCGGUGAUGAAUCCCUCGCGCCAGGUCGCUCGGUGAAAUCUGACUCUCGCACCGUGCGAGGUUGCGGCUGCUGUGUGGUGGUGCGUGGGCAGGAGGCGAGUCGGACAGUUUCGCAAGAUUGUACCCCAAAGGCGGAUGAAUACGGCGGCAGCCCUGCGGAGCUACGCUUCGGGUCGGCCGACCGCUGAAGGCUGAUCGGCCAGCGGAAUGGCUCGAGCGCGCAGGCUUCCUCGGGGACCCGUUUCGAAAGCCAGA